AUACGAAAUUGAGAGCGUCUUUAAGAAUUAAUUCGCAAUUGAAUUUCAGUUGCCCAAUCAUUUCACCGGAUGACCACUGGGGUUUAUGGUCUGUUCUUUUCUCCACUGGAGCUUUCAGUUUCUGGUGCACUGCGAGCAUUGUACACUGGGGGUGUGCAUGAUACGAAGUACUCCCUCUGUCCCUAUAGUUUGUGUUUGUGUUUUUCCACGUUAUUUAAGAAAUGAGAGGAAAAAGUGGAUGAAAUACAUUAACAGUGAACAAAAGUUAGACAAAAGUAUAAAGCUAAUUUAAGGAGAAAAAAGUGAAAAGUACAAUUAGAGACAAAAGUUGGAGAGAGAAAGUAGAAAAAAGUAUACAAGUGGAUAAUUUAAGGGUAAAUUAGGAAGUUCGAUGAAUAAAGUAAAAAAAAUGAGGGUAUAAUGGUCUUUACAUACUAUCCAAAAAUAGAAAUAGGAACAACAUUUUGGAUCUCCAAAAUAGGGAAGCGCGAACUAUAAUAUAGGACAUUAUUGGGACGGAGGGAGUAUAUUAUUUCUCUCUUCCUUUUAACCUCACUAUUCUUUUAUACUACCUCCGUUUUUUUAGUUGACACCUUUCUCUUUUCACGCUUGCCAAUGCACUAUUUUAAUGCUUGAUAUCUCUAAAUAACGACAUUGUAAAAUUAUAAUAAGUGGGUUUUAAUAAAAUAUACAUUGAGACGAUUCAAACAAUAUCCCACUUGACUAUGUUUUAUCAUAGCUAUAAAUCACAAAAGCUAGUCAAAGUGUAGUUAGUGAAUAGUGUAAAAGUCAAAUGGUGUCAACUAUUAAAAACGGAGGAAGUAAUAUUUUCUCCCUCUCACAUUAUUCCUAAUAGUCCCCUCCAUAUUUCUCUCUUACCUUUCCAAUUUUUUUAUUCCUAACUAUACCCACUUAUAUACUACUGUAUUUUAUUCUUUUACCUAAAACUAUGUGCCCAAGGGUGUGGGGCACUUUAAAAAAACGGAGGGAGUACUCCGCACUAGUCAAUAGAUAUAAAAAAGUAAGCAAAAUAUGGAAAAAACUUAUCAUUCUUUACCAAAAACAAAAAAAAAAAUAAGGGUAGCUUUUUAUGUGUUUAGCUUAUUUUUUGACGAUAAUUUGUGUUAGUGAAGUUACAGAAGUAUAUGUAAUAAUAAUGAUGAGGUCACGAGAUCGAGUCUUUGCCGUCUUUAAAAGCAUGUGAGAGACUGAGAGUUAAUCAUGUUGACUUCUUUAAUGAAUGAACUGAAAAAACAUCUACAUUUACCGGUUUUAGCAUUAUCAGGUGUGAUAUCUGUGCUGAAAAACUUAAAGAAUUGGCCUAUUUUAAAUUGUGUCACUAGUUGACGAUGUUACUUUCAAUUUUGGUAUAUUUUAGUGGAGUAUUGGACUGUUCCAAUUAUUCUUUGUCAAUCUAUGCAUCUUCAAUUUUGAUUUGAAAACAAAAAUGAUGUUACCUCGAACUUUCUCUAUUCAAAUUCUGUGGAAAUUGGAUGUAUGUACAUAACUUAGAAAGAUAAAAACAAAUAUGCCACUGUCUCCUGUGGUUUCAAUUUGUUAAUUAUGAAGUCGAUAAAAGGCUAUGUAGUUGAAUGGUGGGAUUGGAGAUGGGUCAUAAAUCAUAACAUAUUUUGGGUUGUUCGUAUCAAACUUCAGUUUGCUAUGUAUGACAUUGUUGGUAAGAUGUACUUUUUUUCUUUUCAAAGGAGAAAGGUAAUUCUAGAUAUUGUUUUUUGCUUUAAUUACAUUUCAUCUGCUAUCAAAUGGAGGCAAAUGAGUAUUUUGGGGAUUUAAGGUCGGAGAAAACAAAGAUUGGGAGCAUGAUCAUUUCUGCACUAGUGAGCAUUUUGAUUGGCCUUGCAGCAAGUAAUCUGAGGAUCAUUCCUUAUGAAGCAAAAACGUAUUCCAUUGUGUUGGAAUACUUGUUACCCUUAACUGUUCGUUUGCUCUUGUUCAGAGCUAAUAUGCGUCAGCUUGCUCAGUCAACUGGGAGGUUACUUUUGGCAUUCUUGCUUGGAUCAGUGGCUACAGUGAUUGGGACAGUAGUUGCAUUUUUUAUAGUUCCCAUGCGUUCGCUUGGUGCUGAUGGUUGGAAAAUUGCUACUGCACUCAUGGGCAGUUACAUUGGUGGAUCUGUCAAUUACAUUGCAAUUUCAGAGAUUCUUGGCAUUUCCCCAUCAAAUGUGGCUGCUGGAGUAGCUGCAGACAAUGUCAUUUGUGCUGUUUACUUUAUGGUGUUAUUUGCAAUAGCGUCCAGAAUACCUCCCGAGGUCUCAAAAUCCACCACAGAUGUUGCAGUGACUUCAGAGAGUAAAACUGAGAUUAAGUUCCAUACGCUACCUACUGCCACUGCUAUUGCUGUAUCCUUCGCUAUAUGCAGCUGUGCUGCCUAUAUUACAAAGUUAUCUGGAAUCCAAGGAGGCACUAUUCCACUAGCUACAGCAAUUAUGGUAAUUCUAGCUACUGUUUGCCCCCCAGUAUUUAGCUACCUUGCACCUUCUGCAGAGGUUAUAUCUUCAGUUUCGAUGCAGGUGUUCUUCGUUGUGAUUGGUGCAAGUGGCAAUAUCUGGAGUGUUAUCAACACCGCGCCAAGUAUUUUCUUGUUUGCAUUUGUACAAGUUAUGGUCCAUCUGUUCAUCAUUCUAGGUUUAGGGAAGAUAUUUAACUUUGAUCUUAAGUUGUUGCUUUUGGCUUCCAAUGCUAACAUUGGAGGCCCUACUACAGCUUCAGGAAUGGCCACAUCCAAAGGGUGGAAAUCUUUGAUCAUUCCUGGGAUUCUUGUUGGCAUUUUUGGCAUAUCUAUCGCAACUUUUGUUGCUAUUGGUGUUGGAUUAACAGUCCUUAAGCACAUCUUUUGGAUUUAGUAGCAAACUAGCAACCCUGAAAUCUGUGGGUUUUGUUUGUCCACAAUAAGCUAUCUUCCACGUUCCAUGGUAGAAG